GCCGGAUUAGGGGGCGGGGCGAGGCGGGGCGGGGCCUGGACGGCGGGAGCAGCUGCGCGGGGUUGGCGCCCUUGGCCCCGCGCGCGGACUGCUAUGUCCAGGGGCCUGCCGCGCCCAGGCGUUCGAAUUCUCGGACAAAAUGGUGUGUUCCCAGGAGGGCAGCGGGGCCAUUCCCGCGGGCGGACCCGGAGAGGAAUGCGGCGCCCCCACCCCGCCGGGAAGAAAGCGGGGGCAGUCCGGCCGUGCUGUCUCUUUAAGACGGUGUUCCUAACACCGACGCCUGAGAGGGCGGUGAGACUAAGCAGGGCCAAGUUCCAAAGGGAGGAGAGUCCCCAACCUGGUUUCAGCGCCCACACGGCAGGUCUUCACGAUCUCGAUGCAGAGGCCUCCAUGGCUGUGAUAAGCCUUCUGUUCCUGGCAGUGAUGUAUGUUGUUCAUCACCCCCUGAUGGUCAGUGACCGGAUGGACCUGGACACACUGGCCAGAAGUCGGCAGCUGGAGAAGCGCAUGAGUGAGGAGAUGCGCCAGUUAGAGAUGGAGUUUGAAAAGAGAAGGCGAGCAGCUGAGCAGAAGCAGAAGGUAGAGUACUUCUGGAAGGGAGACAUAUCAAGUGACCAGUUAGUGCUGGGGAAGAAAGACAUGAGGUGGCCGUUGCAGGCUGAGGGUCAGGAGGGGCCGCUGGGCUGGAUGCUGGGAAACCUGUGGAAUGCUGGCCUCUUUUGCCUUUUUCUCAUCUUUGAGCUCCUGCGACAGAACAUGCAGCAUGAGCCAGCUUUUGACUCCAGCAGUGAUGAGGAGGAGGAAAUCCGCAUUAUGCCAGUCACUUCCUACAACUGGCUUGCCAACUUCCCCUCAAGGGAGGCCCUGGAAUCCUUUUACAAACACUAUGUCCAGAAUGCCACUCGUGACCUGCCCUGCACCUGUGAGUUUGUGGAGAGCUUUGUGGACGACCUCAUUGAGGCCUGUCGGGUGCUCAGCCGCCAGGAUGCCCAACCACAGUUGGAGGACUGCCUGGGCAUCGGGGCUGCCUUUGAGAAAUGGGGAACCCUCCAUGAGACCCAGAAAUUUGAUAUCCUGGUCCCCAUUGUCCCCCCUCAUGGCACUAUGUUUGUGCUGGAGAUGAGGGAUCUGGCCCUAGGUCACCGCUGCGGCUGUGUGCUGGUGGAGUCAGAGUGUGUGUGCAAGCGUGAGAAGCUUCUGGGGGAUGUGCUGUGCCUGGUGCACCACCACAGGGACCAUUCGGCCCUCUUGGGCAAGUGUAGCAGUUCCAUCAAGGCGACUCUCUGCACUGGCUCCCACCUGGACAUGUGCAAGACCAUACAGUGGUUCCAGAACAUGGUGGGCAAUGCCUGGGCCCUGGUGGCCCACAAGUAUGACUUUAAGCUCAGCCUCCCACCAUCCACCACCUCCUGCAAGCUCAGGCUGGACUAUCGUUCAGGCCGCUUUCUCUCAAUCCGCUUGGUCCUAGGGGUACAACGAGAAGAUACCUUGGUCUACCUGGUGAGUCAGGCCUCCGACCAGGAACAGCUCACCAGUGUGGACUGGCCCGAGUCCUUUGCCGCCUGUGAGCACUUGUUCCUGAAGCUGGUAGGGCGUUUUGCUCCAGAGAACACCUGUCACCUCAAGUGCCUCCAGAUCAUUUUAAGUCUCCGGGACCUUCAGAGCCUACCCCAGGGAGCAUCCCGUCCCAUCCUCACCUCCUACCACUUCAAAACAGCCCUCAUGCACCUCCUGCUGCGGCUGCCUCUGGCAGAGUGGCAGCAUAGCAUGCUCUCACAGCGGCUCCAGGACAUCCUCUGGUUCUUGGGCCGUGGCCUCCAGCAAAGGUCCCUCCAUCAUUUCCUCAUUGGUAACGCCUUCCUGCCUCUGACCAUCCCAAUCCCUAAGACAUUUCGGAAUGCCGAGCCUGUCAAUCUCUUCCAACACCUUGUGCUAAACCCCAUGGCACAUUCACAGGCACUGGAAGAGUUCCACAACCUUCUGACCCAGAUGAAAACUCUGCCCUGUGCCCCAUCAGCUGGUGCACAUUAAUGUAAAGGCCGUUAAAAAGGGAGAAGGGAUAUCUGAUUCCUCAGGCUGAAAAAGAGUUUGUCUUUGUCAGUGGGGGCUGUGGUAGAUUAAGACACUUAAAGGAGCAUGUUAAGUGGUAAAAGAGGAUGGGGUCCAGCCUGCAGAGCCUAAUCAAUGGUGGAUCUUCUGAGGUUUUCUCUUCUGACUUGACUUUCAUCAUGACCCAGAGAGGGCCCAGGGGAAGCAGAUGUUAUGGGAGGAUCUUGCUGCUCAAGAGUAGAGAUCUAGAGAGGGCCUGUGAAGUUGUGUUUUGCAUCUACACUGGAAGUGAAAGAGAACCAGAAUACCUCCAUUCCAGCUCAUUCCUUUUUGUGAAUGACUCCUAAAACACUCCUUGUAAACUGGUUUCCUUGUUGAACUGUUAGCUUAAUUCAUAUCGACGCUGACAGCACUCUAUUUUAUCCCAAAUACUGUGAUGGUAACUUCUCAUAUUUUGGAAUAUAAUUUUUCAGAUAUUCAUUAUUUGAAGAUAUAACCAAGAUGUCUAUUUUCCAUUUUCUUAAUUUAGCCCUAUUUUCAUGUGAUAUAUGAAAUAAAGCCAUUUUUAUGCAUCUGAAAAACUCCAAUACUAACCAAAUAAUUUAUUAGCAUUGGUUCACAAAUAUUAAGUCAAUAGUCACCUGUCCCAUAAUUGAGGUAAUUAUUAAAAUUAAUGAAAUAGCCGACACUUGAAGACCACAUCGUGCUUGGAAGCAAUAUUAUAAAACCCUUAAUAAGGACAAUCUUUGGGGCUCUGAGAUGAAGAGUUACUGUUUCUGUGGGGAGCCACUUGUUUGUUAAAUGAAAAAAAGGUUAGCUACCAUGAAUAGCUGUGUGUUUUCUCAGUCUGGUAAUGCCUUUAUAUUCUCUCUUCAAAAACGACAAAGGAAUUAUUUGAACUACAUUGGUGGUUCAAAUUGGUGGCAAAAACAGGGUCAUCACAAUCCAGGCCCAUUGCCAGGGCGGAACAGGAAGGGGCCAUGAAGCAGUCCAAUUCUAACAAAGUUGCAAUUUGGGAGUGAGGAUGGGUAUAUUUUUCUCUUCUUUCAAAACUUGGGGCCCCCUGAGGUGGAGUGUUAAGAAAUGUGACUAGUUGUGGGUGUGGUUGUUCUGGAAAUACCAAUGCUGUUCCUACCCUGCCUGCCAGGAAGGUCUGCCUGGGAGCAGGACCAGGCCCCACAUUUAACUUGACUGCAGGGGGUUUAGAUGCUGGCCUUAUGGGCUUUGGUUGUAAAAUCCAUAUCUGCUGCAAAAGUAAACUACAAGGGUCACAGAAGCUGAUGCCAGCUAAUAAUUUGGGGCUCCCACUGCACAACUGCUGCCGGGUUCCCAACCUGUCUGCCGGGACCUGCCAUGUACUUGCUUUCAAGCUAAGAUGCAAUAAUGGUGGUUCUAUGCUGCUCAGAUUUUGGUGUUUUAUAGACAUCCAUAUGCUUUUUGUUUAGAAAAUAAUUUGCUGCUGUUUUAGUUCCAAAUCAAUAAAGGAUGCUAUUUUCUCUGUCAA